ACAGAACGUCAACCUCCAUGCAGUGCCAGGAGCUCCUCGUGUGGGGCCUGAGCUUGGCGAUGAUCCUGGUUGGGGUGAUGCACUUUAUAUGUCUCAUGAAGUCUCAUGCUGCCUACGGCCGCUACGUGGACACCUCGGGCAGCUCCAUGAUGGUGCCCGCAAGGCUAGCCUGGUUCCUCCAGGAGCUUCCUGCUCUGCUGGUUCCCCUGCUUUUGAUGCUGACCACGGAUGGAAACAAUGGCACCGGGAGACACCUGAUGCUCUGGACCUUCUGCCUGCACUACUUCCAAAGGAGCUGCAUCUACUCCCUGCUGACCAAAGGGCGGCCGUAUCCGCUUAACAUCAUGCUGUCAGGGAUUGUGUUUUGCUCUAUUAAUGGCUUCCUGCAGGCACACUAUCUGCUGCACUGUGCUACAUUUCACAACAUGUGGUUUUCCGAUGCCUGUCUACUAGCCGGUCUGAUCAUAUUUUUCAUAGGAAUGGGAAUAAAUAUUCACAGUGACCACAUUCUCCGCAGCCUGAGAAAACCUGGAGAAAUUUCCUAUAAAAUCCCGAGAGGCGGUUUGUUUGAGUAUGUGUCUGGAGCAAAUUUCUUUGGGGAGAUUGUAGAGUGGCUGGGCUACGCUGUUGCUACCUGGUCUUUACCCACAUUUGCUUUCGCUUUUUUUACAAUUUGCUUCAUAGGCCCAAGAGCCUAUCACCAUCACAGGUUCUAUAAUGAGAAGUUCAAAGAUUUUCCCAGAUCAAGAAGAUCUCUCAUACCCUUCAUCUUCUGA